AUGAAGCCGAAUAGCGACAAUGACAGGUUCCCAGUUUUAAAUGUCGUACCAGAAUUUGAUCCUUUGAAUAAGGGUCAGACAGUAGAGUCGUGGAUUCAUAAGGUUGACGAAUGUGCUCAGAUUUAUGGUUGGAACGACAGACAGAUAGUACACUACGCGAUGCCUAAGCUUAACGGUAUUGCUAAAACUUGGUAUCAAGGAUUACCUUCUCUUCUCCAUUCCUGGUCUGAAUGGAAAAUAAAACUUCGCGAGUCAUUUCCAACAAGAGAAAACUACGCAGAAUUAUUAACCGAAAUGCUAAAUAAGCGUGCUCGUUAUGGAGAAUCCUUAGACUUGUACUAUUACACAAAAAUGAACCUUCUAAACAGAUGCGAAAUAACGGGCAGGCGUGCAGUAGAUUGUCUUCUUGCUGGUAUUGAUGAUCGUAAUGUACGCGUUGGUGGGCAAAGUGCUGAGUUUAAAGAGCCCGAACAAGUACUAAAUUUCUUUAAAUCUGUCAAAGUAGGAAAUGACAAAAUAAAUGACUCCGCUAAGAUUAGGGACAGGGAGAAACGGAUUCACUCUUCUAUUAACAAUGAUAAAAUGCCAAAUAUCUCUCAAGGCCAAAAAACUCAGCUUGGCAUUACUUGUUACAACUGUAACGAACGGGGUCACCCGUUUUUCCGUUGUCCCAAACCAAAACUGCAUUGUUCUAAUUGCAAACUAUUGGGUCAUUUAGCUUCCGACUGUCCAAAGUUGAAGCAGGGUGCUGUCACGGACAAUAAAAGUAAAAAUAUUUUGAAAAUAGACGAUGGUCAAGAUACAAGUUUGAAAUAUAAAAUUCCAAUUAAAAUUAACAAUAAAUUGACCAGUUGUGUAAUUGACUUAGGUAGUGAAGGUACCCUCAUACAACUUAGCGAAGCAAAGCGAUUGCAAUUGCAGUGGCAGGCAGUAAAUGGUCCAAUCUUAAAAGAUCCAGGUCAUUUAUUAGACGUGCUAGUCGUGGGCUCUGACGAUUGGUUAACAACAUACCAGCAGUCUGACGAAGAAAUAAAACGUAUAGCAGACUUACUAAAUGACCCUAAAACUAAAGAAACCACAGAAACAUUUAAAAAUUACAAACUAGUUAACGAUCGCGUUUAUAGGGUGCUUGAUGAUGCUACUAUACGCUGUUAUUUUGGAACACCAAAUCGCAUUAUCACUGAUCAGGGAACUAGUUUUACAAGUAACACUUUUAAAAAAUAUAUUAAGUCUACCGGUAUCAAGCACGUAUUGAACGCAGUUUCAACGCCCCGAGCCAACGGCCAAGUGGAGCGCUAUAAUCGUACCAUUUUGGCCGCACUUGGUGCUAUGAACCAUAACAAGCCAAACGGUGUUUGGGAUGAGCACUUGCCCGAUAUUCAAUUAGGGAUCAACACAACUAUUCAUGCUACAACAAAAAAGACCCCGACUGAGCUCUUGUUCGGAAGAACCGUGACCAAUCCAUCCCAAAGUAUAUUUAACGAAAUAAUUACCGACACUAGAUCUGCCACGCCAACAUCGUUAUCAGAUAUCAGAUCUGAAGUUGGUGAGCUAAUAAGAGAACAGCAGUCAAAGGAUAAGGAUAUUUAUGACGCUCAUCGUAAUAAAAAUGUAAUAUUUAAAGUAGGUGAUCUAGUCAGGGUCAUUAGGACAACAACUGGUAUAGAGGGGCAAUCAAAAAAACUUGAUCCUAAAUGUAGAGGCCCAUAUCGAAUUAAAAAGGUACUUCCGAAUGAUCGGUAUAUCGUUGAAGAUACGCCAAUAACCCGGAAGGGUAAACGAUAUGAAGCUAUUAUAGCUGUAGAUAAGAUUUUUCCAUGGCUAGUUAUGACACAACCUGUUCCCACCGAUGACGAAUUAUCGGAUGACAAUAAUUCUGAGCUUAACGGAUCUAAUUCAUCUUAA